UGACCUAGUAUAAUAUCUAGAUCGUUCAUUUUAAAUUACACAAAGUACAUAAAUUUUGUAUGAAACAAUGGAAGUGUUAAAAAUUGAAUGACCCAUUGCCUCUCCUCUUCUUCCUCUUCGUUCUUUGUCGAAAAAGAAAAAAAAAGAGAGAGAGAGAAAGAGAGAGAGAAACAAAAGAAGAUAAGAAAUCGUAACGAUAAAUAUACCGGUCAAAUUCAAAAAUCGAAGUGUUCUUCCGUGUAACAAAAGAAGAAAAAAUAAAAAAAAAAGAAAUAGGUUGACCGUUAUCGAUGGUAUCUUUUGAACGGUUCGGAAGGGCACAUUUUUCUCAAUCGAGUCUCCAUCGUAAAGACCCAAAAGAGAACCGUUCAUCGGUGUGCAAAAGGGAGUUCUCUCGGCUCGUACUUCGCUUUUAAGCAUGGUACAUUCUUUCCGUGGCCGUUGCUACACGCACACACACACACAUAUAUAUCGAUAUAAUGUACGUACACAUACACAGGUAGCCGCAUUUAUAAGCACGUAUAAGCAGAAAUCGCAAGGGAUAUAUGUUGUAUGUAUGUAUGUGUAUGUGUAUCUAUAUCUAUACUUCUUAGUUCAAAUACAGUCUCAUCCGAUUGAAGUUCGUGGGGCAUCCACAACGAGGCGCCAGGGCGCAUGUUCCGCAAAGAAGUGACUAUCGCUGUACGUUGAAAGAACGGCAGUCGCGCGCCGACCACGCAUGGAUGCGGUGUGUCGGGUGUUACGUUGGAUGAAAUUAUCUUUUCUAUAUCUAUAUAUAUAUAUAUAUAUAAUAUAUAUAUUCUUUUUUCUCUGUCCACGCAAAUUUUUACGAUAAUGUAUUUCUAUGUUUAUCGGGAUAAUGAUAUAAAAUAAGAAAUAUCGCAACGUUACAAUUUCAUUUCUCGACGAAGAGGAAUUUUGUUUUUUUUUUUUAACUCUUGUCAUCUCGUCGACGUUCAUUCAUAUUUUCUCUUUUUCUUUUUCCUUUUUUUUUUCUCUAUCGCGAGUGUGAAGACAUAAAUUAUUAUUGAAACGUGUUAGGUUUGUUAUAAGUGAUAUAAUAUUUAAUAUCAUUAGGAUGAAUGACAUGUUUUUAACCGGUAGUGAUUGAUUCAGUGCGAAUAAAUAAAUUAAAUAAAUAAAUAAAUAAAUAAAUACGUAAAAGUAUCGUGCAUCGUGUAAAGCGAUCAAUCGUGUUUUAUAGUAUCGUCUCGCGGCAACUCUUCGUGUUGAUCUCGACCAAUAGGAUUAACGCGAGAUCGGCAAUUUUGAAUCUGCCAUUUUUGGCGGUUUUUUUAAGCGUGCGUGUGUGUGUAUACCAAUCGUAUAUAAGUAAAUACGUUUUACCGCCGGCUUCUAGGAAUAUAUACGACUAAUUCGAAGUUACCAUCAUACCAUAUAUAUAUAUGUACAAGUCCAUCGAAAUUCUUCGAAGUAAAUCCUGCGACAUAGCAAUAGUGUGGUGAAGGCAGUUCGUAGUGAGGCAAAAUUCCUUUGUUGAAUUAACGGACGAUAAGUGUGAGAAAAAAGAAGAAGAAGAAGAAAAAGAGAUAAUAGUGGUUGAUGUUCGAAAUCGUAUUGGAUAGAUCUCAUUAGAAAGGAAUGACCAAUUAGCGGUGGAAGGGAAGAACUUCGAAGAAAAUAAAAGAAAAGAGAAACAAAAAAAGAAGAAGUAGUGGACGAAUAAUAAUGAACGUAUAAAAGAAAAAGAAAAAUAAAAGAAGGACGAUGAUCGUUAGUCGGGUUUUCUUUCUUUCUUUUUUUCCUCGUUCUUUUUUACAUCGGUAUCAUCGCGAUCGGUUUGAACGGGGAGACGAUUUUCGUUCGUGAAACUUCGUAAUAAUUCGUGACCAUUCGGGAAAAUUCGGGAAAAUUCGGAGGAUUUCGAAUUUUCUCGGGUAAACGUGUAUCGUAGGUGAGAGGUUAGGUGGGAAUAAGAAAAAAAAAAGAGGGAGAAGAAAAAGAAAAAGAAUAAAGAAGUGCAGGAAGAGGAGGACAGAAGUAGUAGGAGUAGAAAGAUAAGAAGAAGACAUAUAAAGGCAAGUUCGUUCUGGCGCCAGAGGAAUGAUUUUCACCGGAAGGUCGGUCGACGCUCUCGACGAGGUACGCGGUAGCAGCGGCGUCGUCGUCCAGAGCGACGAGCGUCGCGACGUUAAAGCCGUCGCUAUAGCAGCCGGUUGGUUCUCCAGUUUGCGCAGACCCGGCAAGAGGAACAAGAGAUCCUGCCAAAAACAGGCUAAGAGUGCUUGGGACCUUACCACGUUAUCUACGCAAUUGAAAGAUGAACUUGGUGAGGUCGUGGCAGAGAUGGAGGCGAUGGAGGGCGGAGGCCUCGUCGCGAAUGAAACGAAACCGACGAACAAGGCAAAGCAGACGUCGAUCGGACGGAAGAAGUUCAACAUGGACCCGAAGAAGGGCAUUGAGUACCUGAUCGAGCACAACCUGUUGGCACCAACGCCAGAGGAUGUUGCACAGUUCCUUUACAAGGGGGAGGGCCUUAACAAGACAGCGAUUGGCGAUUAUCUUGGAGAACGUCACGAUUUUAACGAGCGCGUAUUACGUGCCUUCGUCGAACUCCAUGAUUUUACCGAUCUUAUAUUGGUACAGGCACUGAGACAAUUCUUAUGGUCCUUUCGUUUGCCUGGCGAAGCACAGAAAAUAGAUCGGAUGAUGGAGUGUUUCGCACAGAGAUACUGUCAGCUAAAUCCAAAUAUAUUUACCAACACCGACACCUGUUACGUUCUCAGUUUCGCCAUUAUAAUGCUUAACACGUCCCUACAUAAUCCAAGCGUCAAGGACAAGCCCAGCGUAGAACAGUUUAUAUCUAUGAAUCGUGGAAUCAACAAUGGCGGCGACCUUCCACGAGAAUUACUCGUGAGUCUUUACGAAAGUAUAAAAACGGAACCAUUUAAAAUCCCGGAAGACGAUGGCAACGAUUUGAUGCACACCUUCUUUAACCCCGAUAAGGAAGGCUGGCUUUGGAAGCAAGCAGGUGGACGUUACAAAAGCUGGAAAAGACGGUGGUUUAUUCUCAACGACAAUUGCCUAUAUUAUUUCGAAUAUACGACGGACAAGGAACCACGUGGUAUUAUUCCGUUAGAAAACAUACAAGUUAGAGAAGUACAAGACCGACAUAAGCCGCAUUGCUUUGAACUUUAUGCGGCUGGAUCAGAAUUUAUCAAAGCGUGUAAAACUGAUAGCGAAGGAAAAGUCGUUGAAGGCAAGCAUACAGUGUACAGAAUGUCUGCAGCAACAGACGAGGAGAAAGAUGAAUGGAUCAAAUGUGUUCGGCAAAGUAUAUCACACAAUCCAUUUUAUGAUAUGCUAGCCGCAAGAAAGAAAAAGGCACAAAAGACGAAUGUUUAUUCAAAGAGUUAAAUAAUACCUGGAGAGUAGAGUUUCGAAAGGAACUCGAUUGACAUGAAAGACUGUAUUUGGAUCUCAAAGAUUACUUUGAAGAUCUUAGAACGCGAUCAGAAGAAGAUCUGAUCGUUUAGAAGCAUCAGCAGAAUGCAUCACACCGAUGAAAUAUGUGGAGACAAGAUAUCGAUAUAGAUAUAUUAUAUAUAUAUAUAUUUACAUAUAUAUAUAUAUAUAUAUAUAUAUGACACUGAAAAUAAUAAUAAUUCGAUAUAGUUUUGAGAAUGAAAAGACAGUGUCUCUCAAGAAGAAGGAAAAGAAUAAUAAUCCUUUGUCUCUUUAAAGAUCGAUCGGUGAAAGAUAGAAUUGGUGGUUCAUAUAACGAAGAAAAGUUUAGUACUCUUAAAGAGAUAGCCUAAAAUAUGCUGCUAAGCUACAACAAUAAUAACACAACAAGUAAGAUCGUUGAAAGUAAUGAAACAAAGAAAGAAAAAGAGCUAUCGGUAACUUUAUUGUUGUAUUCGUAAAACGAGUUUUUCAAUUAUUUAGGGAGAAGGAGUGGGUAGAGGGAAAGGGAGUGGAAAAGCAAAAAUUCUAUAGAAAUUCUUUCUGAAGUUUCUUAUAGAAUUUAAUCGAAUACAAAAGUACAAAAAGUUACUAAUAAUAGCUCUGGACUAUUAUUCUUUAAAUCAAGGGUGGAUAAAGAGUGAAAUCUUGUCUACUUUUCUGGCAGCUUUUAAAGGCAUUUAUCUGUCGAGGCUCUAAACGGAACGAUCGUUCAAAAAAAGAGAGAAAGGGAAAGGGGAGAGAGAGGGGGGGAGAGAGAAAGAAAGAAGAAAAGAGAGAAAGAAAGAAGAAAAGAGAGAAAGAAAGAAAGAGAGAGAGAAAUAGAAAGAGAGAUAAAGAGACUAUGUGAAUGGUGUAAGAUUAUUUAUCUUGUAAAUGUCCUUCUUGUAAAAUGUAUCACGUGUGUCACAAAUGAGAAGAGCUCUGAUGAUUUUUCAUUAGAAAAUCGUCUACAUGAAUGAACAUAUAUACAUAUAUGCAUAGAUGUAUGUAUAUAAAUAUACGUACGUACGUACACGACAACAAAAACAAGAACGAAAGCAACGUCUUUGUUGAAUUUCAAGAGACAGAGAAGAAAAUAUAUAGGAUAUUAAGGAGCGUGUAUCAAUGUGAUAGUUGUGUAUUUAUUUGAACAAAUGUGAAUAGAUAAGAUUCUAGAGGUAGCUUUAUGUGCGUUUCAAACGAUACGUCAUGAAACUUUCCUAGAAAAAUAUUGUACAUUGUCGUACAGUUUAUAAGUAUGGCGUGAUUGGCCAAUUAUAUAUUUAGAUUAGAAUGUUCUUCGUUGGAAUAUAAAAACAAAAAAUUAUAUAUAUAUAUAUAUAUAUAUAUAUAUAUAUAUACACAUAUAUACAUAUAUAUAUAUACAUACAUAUAUACAUAUAUAUACAUACAUCUAUAUACAUAAUAUUGAGUAUGGAAGUUUUAUAUAUAUAUAUAUAUAUAUAUAUAUAUAUAUAUAUAUAACAAAUGAAAUUAUACUCUCCAUAUUCGAUAUACACGAUAUAUAAUAACAAUAAUAUAUUGCUAUAUAUAAUAGUUAUAUAUUAUCGUUAUUAUAUAUAUAAUUGCAAUAUAGUAAUUAUAUAUAUAUAUAUAUUAUCGUUAAGUAGUAAAUUCGAUGAAAAUUCAAAACGUCUGCAUACCCCGUUUUUACAACAACAAACAAAGAAAUAAUAAUAAUAAUAAGAAAAAGAAGAAGAAAAAGGAAAAAAGAAGAUACAAUUUUUCUCGGAGAUUAUCAUCAUCAUUAUCAUUAUUAUAAUUAUUGUUAUUCAUUAUUCAUUAUUAUUAUUAUUAUUAUUAUUAUUAUUAUUAUUAUUAUUAUUAUUAUUAUCCAUUAUUAUUAUUAUAUUAUUAUAUUAUUACUAUUACUAUUACUAUUAUCAUUAUUAUUAUCAUCAUUAUUAUUAUUAUUAUUAUUAUUAUUAUUAUUAUUAUUAUUAUUAUUAUUAUUAUAAUGCAUAAUGUGCGUGUAAUUUGAAUCUUCGAUCGAAUCAUUCAUUGGAAAAUAGUUUCUAAAUCGGAGUCGCAUAAUUGAAAAUUCCUCAUUUAAAACAAAGAAAGGAUGAUAUAGAUAUAUAUAUAUAUAUAUAUAUAUAUAUAUAUAUAUAUAUAUAUCGUUGAAAUCUGAGGAAUGUAUAUUAUAAUCGGAAAUUGCAGUCUUGUUGGUAUUCUUAAAAAUUAUUAUCGAUUGGAGAAUGCAGGUGCCUUUAAGAUCUUCCCCUCAAAGCUAGUCAUAUAUAACUACAGCGAUCCCGCCAUAUAUAGAGAAACGACGAAUAUCAUACACAACAAUAUAAACAAUAAACAGAGAAAGGAAAAGAUAAAGUAGUAGUGAGAAAGAAAGAAAGAGACAGAGAGAGAGAGAGAGAGAGAGAGAGAGAGAGAGAGAAAGAGAAAGAAUGAGAGAGAGAGAGAGAGAGGGUACCUUUUUUUGCUCUAUACAAGGAAAUAUUGGACAUCGAAGACGCCUUAUUACAAUACAUUUAAUUAAUAAACAGAAGAAAUAUAAGCAAGCGCAAAAGAAGUAGAAGAAGGAUGAAGAAAAAGAAAUAAACAAAAACAAAAAAAAAAAAAAUAAAAAAGAAAAAUAUAACAAUAAUAAUAAAAUAGCCAAUAAGUUUUUUAAAACGAUACACUACACGUGAUUUAUUAUCACAUAAAUCAAACGUCCGCGCGUUCGUUAUUAUAUUGUGUAGUAGUCAAACUUAGAGAGAGAGAGAGAAAGAGAAAGAAAGAGAGAGAGAGAGAGAGAGAGAGAGAGAGAGAGAGAUAAACCGGUAAAGGAUCUCUCCGCCAUGUUGUUUAAUAGUUUCUCGAUUGAAAAAAAAAAAAAAAGAAAUGAUUAAAGUGAAGAGAAACAACAUUUUCUAAAGCUUGAUUAGAAAACAAAACUGGAACAUUCGAUAACGUCACAAAUUAAUAAUAAAUAAUAUCGAUGUGUGCGUGCAUGCGUGCGUGCGUGUAUGUACAUAAAUUGACCCGUCCGAAAAGAAAAAAAAAUGUCGGAAAUAUUAUUAGAAAUAUUAUUAGAAAUAUUUCUCUUAUAAAUUUUUCAACUUCUUCUUUUUUUAUUAUUUUUAUUAUUAUUAUUAUUAUUAUCAUUAUUAUUAUUAUUUUUAUUAUUUAUUUAUUUUUUUAUCAUCGCUGCCAUCUUUCUUUUCGCCUAUUUACUAUUAUUACGUACGUUAUACAGAACAAACAAACAAACAAACAAAUAAAAUACCGAUGACGAUUAUUAAGAUUAAGAGAUAAAACAAAAGAAAGAAGUAAGAAACACGCGAAAAAAUAAAAGUAAGGUUAUGAUCAAAUAUCCUCGCGCACAUAUGUAAAAAAAAAAAAAAAGAGAGAGAGAAAACAGAAAAGAAGAAAAGAAAGAAAAAAAUGCAAUUGAGAGAAUGCAAUUGACGCUUUAAUCGCUUGUCGUUAGACGAAAAGUAUUGUUACGAGCAAUGUGUCACGUUUACGUCGAUUUCUCCCCUUCUAACCUUCAUCUCCUCUACUUAUCUUUAUCCAUCUUCUCUCUCAUUGUACAGUGUACAUGCACAAUCGAUCGAAAGCAUAAACUCUUAGUUUUGCUUUUUCAAUGUAAUUGUUAAUGUCCUUCGUAUACUUUCUUGAAAAUUAUUUAUAUAUUAGAUGUUGUAAAUAUAUUUUUUGAUUAAUUUCGAUUCGACAAGAAAGAAAGAUGUAUGUGUGUAUGUAUGUAUGUAUGAUUGUAUGUAUGUAUGUAUGUAUGUAUAUAUAUCGAUCGGAUGUAUUUGUUAUUACAUUCGUAUCUUUUUCUUUAUAUUCUCGUGUGAUUCAUACUUCGUUAUGAUGUUUUUUUGUUUUUGUUUGUUUCUUUUUUUUUUUUUAUAACCUCAAACGAAAUUAGAACUUAGUUAAAAUUAGUUCUCUAAGAUCUCUUGCAGUUCCUCUUCUUUUCCGAUAGAUAUGAAGAUUAGAAUUAAGAAUAAGAUGUGUAUAUGUAAUAGCAAGAUGAUCGAUCGAUUUUUAGAAAUAUUGUAUAAAAUAUGCCUGUAACACUCCAUUACAGAGAAUUUGUACAUUUCCUUGUAUAAUAUUAUUUCUUCUCCAUUGUUAUGUAUGCAAAACGAAACAAAACAAAAAAAUAUGAAGUAUGUGCUGUAUUUACACCAAUCUUGUAUGUAUUAAUUUAAACAUAAUUAAUAAACAUUCUCAUUUCUUA